CUCCUCUCUCGAGAUUGACUCCGCUGCAGCUAGAAGUGUUCACCGUUCUCCAGGUGCAAAUUUUCAAUCUUCGGGUUGAUAUGAUCGAGUCCCUCGCUCUGCAAUUCUCAGCUCGCGCUCCCUUGCACGAGCAGAAUGGUCGUCGUCGGAUCGGUAGCACCUUAGGCGUCACUGCUUGGUCAUGGAUUUUGAGCCCGUGAGCAUUAGCAACGACGUCGUCGAGUUCGAGGUCGGCGAUUCGGCCGGCGAGGACGGCGGCGCCGGCACCGGCCUCGACCUCGGCCUCGGAGGCAGGGUCGAGAGGCCCCCGUCGGCCGGCGCCGGCGACUCGUCGGGCUCCGAUGGGGACCCGAGCCUGGAGCCUUGCGAGGGCAUGGAGUUCCACUCCGAGCAGGCCGCCAGGACCUUCUACAACUCGUACGCUCGCCGGAUAGGUUUCGGCACCCGGGUCAGCGUCUACCAGAGGUCGCGGCGGGACGGUUCGGUCGUGUGCCGCCAGGUCGUGUGCUCUCGCGAGGGGUUCCGUCGUGGGGGCGGCGAGGGUAAGUCCAAGAAGCGGCGGCGUACCGUCACUCGGGUCGGGUGUAAGGCGCAGAUGACCGUGAAGAAGCGGAGCUCCGGGAAAUGGGCUGUUUCGAAAUUCGUUGAGGAACAUAAUCACGAGCUCGUGCCGCCUGAUAAGGUGCAUUGCCUCCGGUCGCAUAGGCAUGUUCCGGGUCCUGCGAGGAGUUUGAUAGAUACCCUUCAGGCGGCAGGGAUGGGCCCGAGCGGUGUGAUGUCUGUGCUGAUUAAGGAAUCGGGUGGCGUAAAUAAUGUUGGCUUUACUAAAAUUGACUGCCAGAAUUAUAUGAGCAGUAGUAGGCAGAGGACACUUGGAAGUGGGGGUCAGCUUGUUCUUGAUUAUUUGAAGCAAAGGCAGGCUGCGGAUCCCGGCUUCUUUUGUGCUGUCCAGGGUGAUUUCGACAAUCUGGCUGGGAACAUCUUUUGGGCUGACGCAAAUUCGAGAAAGAAUUAUGCAUAUUUUGGAGACACUGUCAAUUUCGACACCUCGUACAGGAUGAACCGUUAUCGAGUCCCAUUUGCCCCAUUUACUGGGUGGAACCAUCAUGGACAGCCUGUGUUAUUUGGAUGUGCCUUGCUCCUCAAUGAGUCAGAGUCAUCAUUCAUUUGGCUAUUCCAGACAUGGCUUGAUGCUAUGUCGGGUAGCCAUCCUGUAUCGAUCACAAUAGAUCAGGAUGGGAUUAUUAGGUCAGCAGUGGCUCAGGUGUUGCCUGGAACUCGUCACCGCUUUUGUAGGUGGAAUGUUUUUAGGGAAGCUCAGGAGAAAUUGUCAGAUGUUUACUGCUCAAAUCCAAAUUUUGAAACGGAGUUUCAAAGGUGUGUAAAUGUCCCAGAGACUAUUGAAGACUUUGAAUUAUGUUGGGAAUCCCUGCUUGAAAGAUGUGGUCUCAGAAAUAAUGAAUGGCUUCAACUGAUGUACAAUGCCCGCCAAAAAUGGGUGCCUGUUUUUCUGAGGGAUACAUUCUUUGGAGAGAUGUCGAUGAUGCAAGGAAAAGAUAGCAUUAACUCAUACUUUGAUGGAUAUAUCAAUGCAUCUACUAGUUUCAUGCUGAUAAGGCAAUAUGAAAAUGCCAUUGCGUGUAGGCACGAAAAAGAAAUCAAAUCUGACUAUGAGACCCUAAAUACUGCCCCCGUGCUGAAAACACCUUCUCCUAUGGAAAAACAAGCAGCAAAUGUCUAUACAAGAAAGAUAUUCAAAAAAUUUCAGGAGGAAUUAGUCGAGACUUUAGCUUAUCCAGCAACCAUCAUUAAAGACAUGGAAUCGGAAGCUGUGUAUCGAGUUGCCAAAUUUGGGGAAGACCACAAAGCCAACUUUGUUAAGGUUGAUGUUUUCAGGAAGAAAGCUUGUUGUAGCUGCCAAAUGUUCGAAUUUUCUGGUAUCAUGUGUAGGCAUAUACUAGCGGUUUUUAGAGUAACGAAUGUCCUCACACUUCCACCUGACUAUAUUUUAAAGCGGUGGACAAGAAAUGCCAAAAGUGAGUCAUUACUAGAUGACUAUAUGGUCGGAUUCACAAGUAAUCCGCAGGAGUCCUUCACUGCACGUUAUGAAAAUUUACGCAUCAAAGCCAUCAAAUACGUAGAGGAUGGGGCCGAAUCCAUACAUAGCUAUACAGUGGCCAUGGAUGCUCUGCAAAUUGCUGCAGAAAAGGUUGCUGCCUCUAAGAAGCAUGGUUUUGGACUCAAACAGAAGACACUGAUACAUGGAUGCCAGUCUCAAUCUCGCUGUACAGAACAGGAUGAGAAGAUACGGGAAUUAACAUCUGAGUUGGCAAAUGCAAGUCUGCAAUGUGAAGAAUAUCAAAGAAAAUUACUCGCGGUUUUGAAAGACGUGGAGGAACAGAAGUUGAAAAUACUGGUAAAGGUUCAGAACAUGAGGCUCAAUCUAAAAGGCUGAAUGGAAGGUGCAAUGUCAUUCUGCUCCUCUGUAAUAUAGUGUAGCAUAGCGGAUUUGAUUUGCCAUACAUUAUAGGGUAAAGUUCUUCCCCUUCGACCCCAACCUGUAUCAUAUCUAAGCUUUUGAUGACCACACUAUUCUCAAAAUUUUCCCCUUUGAAAGGAAUAGGAAAGUACUACCCAUGGCAGGUCAACGGAUGUAAAGUUAGAAUGACUUUGUAAUGUGCAAAAAAUAGGAUGUUACGGAAUUUAGGUGGUGUUAACCGUGGCUGCUCAUUGUAUUUUAGCCAGGUAACCUCCUCUGCACAGUGUACUUGUAUCAGUUUCUUAUAGUUGAGAACCUAACUGGAUUUAUGAAGCAUGAGUGCGUGAUUAUUUUGUGGAAAUAAAUGGCAAAUGCUGGCGAUUUCACAGA